CUUGGAAAGGGAAAAUUUACCUCCCCUGUCGAUGAGUAAAUUUACCGUUUAUAGACAAAGGGUGGUUAUUAAGAAUAAACAGUCGCAUUUUAACAACAGAAAAUAUGGGGACUCCCAUCAAGGACGUGGCCAUCCCGGACAACGCUCCCAAAUCCCUGCUGCUUCAGAAACAUGCAGAUUACAUUGCUGCAUACGGGGCCAAGAAGGAUGAUUAUGAAUAUAUCAUGACAGAGUACCUGCGUAUGAACGGCAUCUACUGGGGUCUGACGGCCAUGUCUCUUGUUGGGCAGCUGGACCGAAUGGAGAAACCGGAAGUUCUUGACUUUGUUAAACAGUGCCAGCAUGAGUGUGGAGGAAUCAGCUGCAGUGUUGGGCACGACCCUCAUCUGCUGUGUACACUCAGUGCAAUACAGAUCCUCACUCUGUACGGGUCGCUGGACACGAUCAACGCCGACCGAGUGGUGGCCUGGGUUCAGAGUCUGCAGCAGGAAGACGGCAGCUUCAUCGGGGACAAGUGGGGUGAAGUUGACACCAGAUUCUCCUUCUGUGCUGUGGCCUGCCUGUCACUGCUGGGCAAGCUGAACGCCAUCAAUGUUGACAAGGCUGUUGACUUUGUGUUGUCCUGCAUGAACUUUGACGGAGGGUUCGGGUGUCGGCCGGGAAGUGAGUCACACUCAGGGCAGAUCUACUGCUGUGUGGGGAUGUUGGCGAUUACGGGGCGACUCCAUCACAUCAACGCCGACCUGCUGGGGUGGUGGCUGUGUGAGCGGCAGCUGCCCUCUGGAGGUCUCAAUGGCCGGCCAGAGAAGCUUCCAGAUGUCUGCUAUUCCUGGUGGGUGCUGGCAUCUCUCAAGAUCAUCGGGAAACUGAACUGGAUCGACAAGGACAAGUUGAUUCAGUUUAUCCUGGCGUGCCAGGACGAGGAGACGGGAGGCUUCGCUGACCGCCCCGGAGACAUGGUGGACCCCUUCCACACGCUCUUCGGGGUCGCGGGAUUGUCCCUCAUGGGGGAGACAACGAUCUGCCCGGUCAAUCCGGUCUUCUGUAUGCCGGAGGAAACAGUCAGGAAGCUUGGGAUCCAGCUGGACCUGUUAUGAUGCUCGCAUUCCUCGUCUCACAAACAUGUUCAUUACCGACCUUGUUCCACAACACGGUCGCUGCGACAAGUGGCAGAAAUAUGUGAACAUUGAUUCUCAGUCGUAGCACUAUCAUCAUGGAAAUGGGACCAGCGCCCUGUUCCACAAAGUGACCUUAGUGCUACCAAUUGUCGUAAGCCUGUGUUAAAGUAGGGGAGUUACGAUGACCUUAACACUACCAAUUGUCAUAAGUCUGUGUUAAAGUAGGGGAGUUACGAUGACCUUAGCACUACCAAUUGUCGUAAGUCUGUGUUAAAGUAGGGGAGUUACGAUGACCUUAGCACUACCAAUUGUCGUAAGUCUAUGUUAAAGUAGGGGAGUUACGAUGACCUUAGCACUACCAAUUGUCGUAAGUCUGUGUUAAAGUAGUGGAGUUACGAUGACCUUAGCACUACCAAUUGUCAUAAGUCUGUGUUAAAGUAGGGGAGUUACGAUUACCUUAGCACUACCAAUUGUCGUAAGUCUGUGUUAAAGUAGGGGAGUUACGAUGACCUUAACACUACCAAUUGUCAUAAGUCUGUGUUAAAGUAGGGGAGUUUCGAUGACCUUAGCACUACCAAUUGUCGUAAGUCUGUGUUAAAGUAGGGGAGUUACGAUGACCUAAGCACUACCAAUUGUCGUAAGUCUGUGUUAAAGUAGGGGAGUUACGAUGACCUUAACACUACCAAUUGUCAUAAGUCUGUGUUAAAGUAGGGGAGUUACGAUGACCUUAGCACUACCAAUUGUCGUAAGUCUGUGUUAAAGUAGGGGAGUUACGAUGACCUUAACACUACCAAUUGUCAUAAGUCUGUGUUAAAGUAGGGGAGUUACGAUGACCUUAGCACUACCAAUUGUCGUAAGUCUGUGUUAAAGUAGGGGAGUUACGAUGACCUAAGCGCUGCCAAUUGUCAUAAGUCUGUGUUAAAGUAGGGGACUUACGAUGACCUUAGCACUACCAAUUGUCGUAAGUCUGUGUUAAAGUAGUGGAGUUACGAUGACCUUAGCACUACCAAUUGUCAUAAGUCUGUGUUAAAGUAGGGGACUUACGAUGACCUUAGCACUACCAAUUGUCAUAAGUCUGUGUUAAAGUAGGGGAGUUACGAUGACCUUAACACUACCAAUUGUCAUAAGUCUGUGUUAAAGUAGGGGAGUUUCGAUGACCUUAGCACUACCAAUUGUCGUAAGUCUGUGUUAAAGUAGGGGAGUUACGAUGACCUUAGCACUACCAAUUGUCGUAAGUCUAUGUUAAAGUAGGGGAGUUACGAUGACCUUAGCACUACCAAUUGUCGUAAGUCUGUGUUAAAGUAGUGGAGUUACGAUGACCUUAGCACUACCAAUUGUCAUAAGUCUGUGUUAAAGUAGGGGAGUUACGAUUACCUUAGCACUACCAAUUGUCGUAAGUCUGUGUUAAAGUAGGGGAGUUUCGAUGACCUUAGCACUACCAAUUGUCGUAAGUCUGUGUUAAAGUAGGGGAGUUACGAUGACCUAAACACUACCAAUUGUCGUAAGUCUGUGUUAAAGUAGGGGAGUUACGAUGACCUAAGCACUACCAAUUGUCGUAAGCCUGUGUUAAAGUAGGGGAGUUACGAUGACCUAAGCACUACCAAUUGUCGUAAGUCUGUGUUAAAGUAGGGGAGUUACGAUGACCUUAGCACUACCAAUUGUCAUAAGUCUGUGUUAAAGUAGGGGAGUUACGAUGACCUUAGCACUACCAAUUGUUGUAAGUCUGUGUUAAAGUAGGGGACUUACGAUGACCUUAACACUACCAAUUGUCGUAAGUCUGUGUUAAAGUAGGGGAGUUACGAUGACCUUAGCAC